GCCGCGCCGCGGGAUAAAAGCCGCCCGGGCCCCGGCGCCCACCGAGCGCCACAGCUGAGAGCAGCUCUGCCCAGCCUGAGCCGGAGCGACACACACCCCCCAGAAAGCCGCCACCAUGUGUGAUGAGGAUGAGACCACCGCGCUCGUGUGCGACAACGGCUCCGGCCUGGUGAAGGCUGGCUUCGCCGGGGACGAUGCCCCCAGGGCCGUCUUCCCCUCCAUCGUGGGCCGCCCCCGCCACCAGGGUGUCAUGGUGGGUAUGGGUCAGAAGGACUCGUACGUCGGGGACGAGGCGCAGAGCAAGAGAGGUAUCCUGACCCUGAAGUACCCCAUCGAGCACGGCAUCAUCACCAACUGGGACGACAUGGAGAAGAUCUGGCACCACACCUUCUACAACGAGCUGCGCGUGGCCCCCGAGGAGCACCCCACCCUGCUCACCGAGGCCCCCCUCAACCCCAAGGCCAACCGGGAGAAGAUGACCCAGAUCAUGUUUGAGACCUUCAACGUGCCCGCAAUGUACGUGGCCAUCCAGGCGGUGCUGUCCCUCUAUGCCUCCGGCCGUACCACCGGCAUCGUGCUGGACUCCGGCGACGGCGUGACCCACAACGUGCCCAUCUAUGAGGGCUACGCCCUGCCCCACGCCAUCAUGCGCCUGGACCUGGCUGGCCGGGACCUCACCGACUACCUGAUGAAGAUCCUCACUGAGCGCGGCUACUCCUUCGUCACCACGGCCGAGCGUGAGAUCGUGCGCGACAUCAAGGAGAAGCUCUGCUAUGUGGCCCUGGACUUCGAGAACGAGAUGGCCACGGCCGCCUCCUCCUCCUCCCUGGAGAAGAGCUACGAGCUGCCUGAUGGGCAGGUCAUCACCAUCGGCAACGAGCGCUUCCGCUGCCCAGAGACCCUCUUCCAGCCUUCCUUCAUCGGUAUGGAGUCUGCCGGGAUUCAUGAGACCACCUACAACAGCAUCAUGAAGUGCGACAUCGACAUCAGGAAGGACCUGUACGCCAACAAUGUCAUGUCCGGCGGCACCACCAUGUACCCCGGUAUCGCUGACCGCAUGCAGAAGGAGAUCACUGCCCUGGCUCCCAGCACCAUGAAGAUCAAGAUCAUCGCUCCCCCUGAGCGCAAGUACUCUGUCUGGAUCGGUGGCUCCAUCCUGGCUUCCCUGUCCACCUUCCAGCAGAUGUGGAUCACGAAACAGGAGUACGACGAAGCCGGCCCCUCCAUUGUCCACCGCAAAUGCUUCUAAGCAGGCUGACACGAUGCCGCCGGGACCCGCUCUCAGGACGACGGUGCUGCCGGGCUGCCGGAGCCCGUCUCACUCCCCCUUUACUUUUGUAACACCCCCUGCGUCGGGCGCCGCCACCUCCCCGUGACGCGGUGUCUGUAAAGUGUACAUACGUUAAUUUAUUUUACCUCGUUUUG